ACAGGCGUCACCAAUCACUGUGCUGAUUUGGGGAAUUAAGGAAGGCUUCCUGAAGGAAGUGCGGUCCCAGCAGCAGUCUGAUGGAUGACCUGGAGUUAGCCAGGUGAAGGGAAAGUAUUCACCCAACCACAUCUGGACGACUGGGAUCUCCUUGGGGGCUGGUCUGGGCCGGCAGCAGGAGGGAGCUUGAUGAGUGCCCUGCGUCCCCAGGCCGAUGCCGCCCCCGGAGAAGAGCCAGAGACCCCUGGCCCGGGUGCCCGCCGGCCGCGCUCUGGCCUGGCUGCCCGGCCUGCCGUCGCCGGCGCUCUUCUGCGCCUGCGGGCUGUGCAUGCUGCUGGCGGGCGUGAACGUGACACUGGUGGGCGCCUUCGCCUCCUUCCUGCCCAGGCACAACGCUCCGCUCAUCGUGGGACCGGCGCUGCUCGUGCUGGCGCUCGGCUUCUUUGUCGCCUGCUGCGUGUGUAGUCGCCGGGGCUCCGCGCCCCACGCGCGCUCGGGGACGGCCGCGGGCCGGGGCCAGGGCGCCGGCGGCUCCGGGCCGGUGGCGCUGGAGAUGGAGAGCAGCGAGCGCACGGCGCAGGACACCACGGCCGUGCCGCUCAGCCCCGCCGCCUCGGCCGCGUCCUCGGGCCGCUCCAGCCCCGGCCCCGGCCCCUCCGCCCUGGACGCCCCCGAGCCCGCGGCCGUCUACGCGCCGCGCACCGAAGGGCUCCAGCUCAACCUGCCCCGGGAGCGCGUCGCACCCUAG